AUGUCAUUCUUUGGAUUUGAUCCUACCCAGCCUCCAGCUGGGACGAGGAACGAUGAAGCGUAUGAUUUUGAAAAUACCUAUGACGGCUUAGGAGAGUUAGAAGAGGAUGAUGCAUUCAACUCAGAAACUUUUGGAACCAGCACGAACGAGAUUAGAAAGGAUUUUGAAUUUGGUCAUACCGACAAUAACACUGGUACCGGCGCUGGAUAUCAAGCUACUCCUCAUGCUUCCCAUACUUCUACUGCUGCCGCUGCCGCUGCUGCCACUGCUACUCCACAAUCGACUUCAAUUAGUUAUGCACAAGCUGCUCAAAGUGCACCAGUUAACGAUGACGAAUUUAUGCAAGAACUUUGGGGAGAAUCAAAUGCUCCAAGCAAAUCUGCAGGCGUAAGCACAAGUGCCAAAGGAGAUAGCCAAUCGUCAGAACGAAAAGUUCUUUCAUUGGAAGAGAUUGAAGCUCAAUUAACCGCAAUUGAUCAAAGUCAAAUGCCAAAUUUUGCUCAUCAACAACCUGGUCUGUUUCCACCACAAGGCUAUGGUGUUCCAGGGAUGAUGCCUCCGCCUCCCCAUAUUCCACCACAGCAUUUCAAUGGAUAUAUGAUGGGAGGAUUCAUUCCACCUAACCAAUUUGGUAUGCCUGGUAUGCCUCCUCAACCUAUGCCACCAAUGCAGCCACCUAUACCAUCAUCUCAGCCUCUUCCGCAUUCUCAACCUGUUCCUCCUCCACCGCAACAAGUUCAGCAACAGCAGCAACAGCAGCAACAGCCACUUGUAUCCAUACAGCAAGAGAAUCAACAGCCACGAAAUGCUAUCAAAGCCAAUGAACAAAAUGCUUCUCAACAAGCUCGAACCAAGCCUCAAAAAGUAGACUUGUCUCAAUUUCCUGUUCUUGGUUCGAAAGAGGCCACUCAGCAACAGCAACUUGCACAGCAUCAGCCACAAGCUCAGCAACCUCAUUAUCAGCAACAGCAACAUCAACAACAACAACAACAGCAACAACAUCAAAAUUUUUUGAGGGGGCAAGAGAAUCAGCAAUUCGAUGCACAUCAACAAUCUCCUCGUCACCACCAUCAACGCCUUCAAGAUCUCUCUCCCGAGGAAAGAGAUAAAGCUCUUAAGAGGCAAGAGAAGGUAUCGAGAAUCAUGAGAUACUCUGGUAUAAUGAAUCCAAAGGAUAAAGAUUUUGUCACUAGAUUCCAAUUGUCUCAGAUUGUUACUGAAGAUCCAUAUAAUGAAGACUUUUACGCUCAAGUGUACAAAGUUAUCCACCCUAAGUCUGCCAAUGGUACCCAGCUUCAGGCACCCGCUCAGCAAAACAAUUCGAUUGCUCAAGCAUACUUGGAUCACAGUGGCCAUAGAUUGGGUGGUCGCUACAAGAGAGCCGAUGUUGCGUUGCAAAGAAUGCAGCAACAGGUGCAAAAAGCGGUUGCAGUUGCCAAAGAUAGACCCAAACCCAACCAAUUAUCUAAAGAGGGUGCGUUGGGUAAGAUUUCGUUUGCUAGCGGUAAAAAGCCCAGACAACAGUUGGAAAUUAUUAGUAAAGCGGCCGAAAGAGAGAAGGAGAACAAGUCGGGAAACAAAGGUGAUGAUGCUAACAGCAGCAGCAGCAACAACAACAACAAGAACAACAACAAUGGCAGCGGCAGCGGCAUUGGUGCUGGUGACGAAGACGUAAGGAAAUACGGUAGAAAAGAUAUUCUUGGUAUCCUUGAAAAUAUUAUUUCUGAAUUGAUGAAUGUCGAAAGUGAAUCAAGAACACUGGUUGAUAUCGAUACUUCCAAACUUUGGGAAGCAAUGAAAGUUUUGGAGCAAACUUCUUCUUCUGGUGAUCCAGAAAGCGAAGUCAAUCCAUUCGUUCAAUGUUUGAACUACAACAAGAUGUUGAAGAUCUUGAUGAGACUCUUUAAAUUCCUCAACAGAGAACAAAUCUUGACCAUUGCAGCGUUGAUUAUGUCUAAUUUGGAAAACUUGUCUGUGAUCAAAAAUGGAUCAUACACUACUUAUCCAGAUAAGAAAGUUCCUGAGAAAGUACUCAAGCUUGUUGAUGCUUAUUCGUUAACAUUUUCUAAAGUGUUGAUGAAUGCUGUUUUGGAGUUCAAGUUUAGUGAAAUCAUUGGCCUUAUUGUGAUUUUGAUUGAGCAUAAUAAUGUUGCGUUUGUUUCUACAACAAAGAUUGGUUUAACCAUCUUGACUACAUUAUUAUCUCGAGCAGAGUUGAUUAUCGGAGAAGCGCAAAUUUCAGCUACGGACUUGGCGGAAUGGUCCUCAUGUUAUGACGAGUUAUUCACAGCAUUGGAAUCUAGAAUUGCUGCUAUUUUCCCACCUAAUCCAAUCGAAGUUGAUGAUGGAUCUUCUAGAGAGAAUUAUAUUUGGCAAUUCCUUGCCACGUUAUCGGUUGGAGGUAAAUUGAGUCACCAGCGGAUUAUAGUUGAUGAAUUGAGAGAUGAAAUCUUUGGAGUGAUGAAGAGAGCAAGAGAGAUCGAUCCUCGUGAUAUGGCAAAUCUUUACAAGAAGCAAAACUUGUUGAACAAUUUGAACAUGUUUUUAGUCGUUAUGGGGCUUGUUGCCGAUGAAAAUGAAAUUAAAGAGCUCUAA